AUGCUCUUGGCUGGGCCACUUCAGUCCCGCUCCUGGCUGGGCCUCUGCAGUUCUGCCCGGGCUGGGCCUGCUCCAGCAGCAGAUGUACCAGCUGCUGAUGUUCCGGCUGAUGUGGUCCCCAUCUAUGAUCCAGCAGCUGAUGGCCCAGCUGGUGGUGUUCCAGCCGAAGAUGUCCCAGCUGCUGAAGUUCCGGUUGAUGAGGUUCCAGCUGCUGACGUUCCGGCUGAUUGGGUUCCAGCCAACGAUCCAACAGCUGAUGUCCCAGCUGGCGGUGUUACAGCAGACGAUGUUCCAGCUCCCGAUGUUUCGGCUGAUGAGGUUCCAGUCAAUGAUCCAGCAGCUGAUGUUCAAGCUGGCGGUCCAGCUGCUGACGUUCCGCCCGACGAGGUUCCAGCCGAUGAUCCAGCAGCUGAUGUUCCAGCUGGAGGUAUUCCUGGUGAGGAUGUUCUAGCGGCGGAUGUUCUAGCUGCUGAUGUUCCGGCCGAUGAUCCAGCAGCUGAAACUCCAGCUGGUGGUAUUCCAGCCGAGGAUGUUCCAGAUGCUGAUGUUCCGGCUGGUGAAGAUCCAGCAGUCGUUCGGGCGGUGUCCAGCUAA